AUAAUUGAUUGGCGAAAAACAAUUUUUAAAACAUUGCCUUAACUACUGACACACGGUUGUUAGACCGAGAAGAAUGUUUUAAGUUGUGGCGCAAUUCAGUUUCGUUCACUAGUAGUCAAAAGCUCGUUUGAAGAACUGGUUAAGAACUGACUAAAAUCAAGAAAAAAAUCCGGGAACCACAAUGGACCCAAACCAUGAUCAAAACAACAUCGAAGACGAAAUCCGUAGAAACAAGGAAAGGAUAGCCUCUUUGGAGAGAGAUUUAAAAGAAAGUUUGCGCAGCAAUGAGGAUCUUAAAGAUAGGAUCAACGCUUUAAAAGAGGAAAUACAAAACUUGAAAGAUAAGAAUGAAUUGUUGAACAAACAGCUGCAAGAAAUGAAAGAUGAUAAUGAGUCAAUAAAAAAGAGAAUGGAGAUUUUAGAGAAAGAAAAUGAUUAUCACAAAGCUAUGUUGAUUAUUGUGCAAAUUGGAACAGCCAUACAGAGAAAUUUGUGCAAGUACGUCCUGGGAGAAUGCUUCAAAGAACAAAACUUCUAUAAGUUUAAAGAUAUAGACAAAUACGUGCAGCAAGAUCUGAGACAUGACAGGAAGGCCCAAGAGUCGGCAAGAAAUCGGCUGGCGGAAAUAAGGGAAAAGAUUCCUUGGGACCAACGUUUGGUGGAUAGUCUUAAAAAUCUUAAGCAAGCGAGAAAUGGCAUUGCUCAUCCUGACCUAAGCAGCGAAAACAUCCAACAAGCAACAGAUUAUUUGAAAAAGGAGAAUAUUUUGGACGAGGGAAUGGUCCACAAUGUUAACGAACUAAAAAGACUAUGGAAAACAACCGAAGAAUUGUUAAACAGGGCCGCUGGAGGUUCUGAAGAUGGUCCUGAAGGCGGUACAAUGGAUUUGUCUACAACAGAACAAAGCCAAGACACCUAUGUCAGCAGGAGCACUGGAGGUCCUGAAGAUGAUCCUGAAGGCGGUACAAUGGAUUUGUCUACCGCAGGACGACAAAACCAAGACACCUUUGCCAGAGGAGCCACUGGAGGACAUUACCUUCACACCAAAGCAUAGGGUGAUAGUUACUCAUGUACAUAGCUCAGUUACCAAAACCAUCGAUCGAUUGUGAAUGAUCGAUGGUUUUGCAUAAAUACAAACAUUUGUAGCUUAUACAGUAAAACUCCUCUAUACCGGUUUAGCGGGGAUUCCGGUAUCCUAAGGUUUUUGGGAAUGACUUUUAAUUUGUUUUCGACUGAAUAGGUGCGACUUCACACCUAUUGAAAAUAUGUUUGUGUCUAAUUGUUUGGCGUCAGUAUAAACAAACACGUAAACUAAAGUAAUAAGAUCUCAAUGCAAUUAUUUUGGAAAGGAUAUGUCUUUUCCAAUUCACACGCACACACACAAACAAAUUUUACCUAUAAUAACUUUACUUUAAAAUCCUAUAAUCUGGUAUUUUUAAAGGAAUAUUUGUCUUUCAAUUCGACAAAAAAAAAACAGCAUUCUGCAAGCUUACGAAUUUAACACUUAUCAAUUUCACUAAAGUAAGACAUUUCAAAAGUUUUAAAAAUAUAUAGAUCACAAUAAGCUCAGGCUGACCACAAACGUGCAUCAAAUAUAUUCAAUGAUAUAGAUAUAGCCAUUUAAAACUAGCUGCAAAUAGUUAGAUCUGCUUGCCAUGGCUCGCAUGACCACGUAAAAUGGUGGUCCCGUCGCACUUAGAGACGUUAAACAUAGAGGGCGCCACAAGUUUAUCAGUUACAACUGUCACGUGCUACCCUCUCUAAAUAACUUCGUCAAUUCUAUUUUUGCUUUCAUUUUCUACGUAUGCAUGCUUAUAUAUGUUUUUCAAAUCAACUUAUGAAUAUUAAAUAGCUAAAUAUGGUUAGUCAACAAAAACGCCGGUAGCCGAAACCUAAAAUGGAUCUUUAAGGAUCAUGGUUAUAAUUUCAUAGCUUUUUGUUGCAAACUGCGGCUGUUAUAUCACAGCAUGGGGCAAUAAUCACAACAGAGCCCUAAGCUACACCUGUAGCGAAAGCCCAAACAUCGAAUUAGAAUUUAGUAGUUGAUUUUUGAGGCGGGAGAAUAACCGGAGAUUCGGAUCUAAUUUGUUAAUAAGAUAUUUGGCAAGGUUUACCAGGGACGUACUCAGAUGGGGUUAUGCAUGGGAUCCUCGUACUACAAUAGCCUAAUUUCGAGUUUUAAUUUUUACACACGCAAAUUUCGUAAGAUUUUAAAUUCCAAUUUUCUAAAAGGAGAAACGAAAAGUCGGUGCUAUUUUCCGUACCUUCCACACUACUAGAACUAUUUUCUUCAAGAACGAGUUUACACACACGAAUACACUUAAAUUUCAACACUAGAUCUCGCGGGUUUGCCCCCUCGACCCCUAUCCCUUCUCCCCCCUCCCUUCCCCUCAAUUUCUUCCUGGCUGCGUCUCUGUACCAAACUGUAUAUUUUUUCUAAGGUUUUUAUUUAAUUAUUAUUACUAAGUACAAGACUGUAAAAAAUGCACUCUGCAAAAAGGUUAGCUAGCAGUGUAAGCCCCUUGUGCAAGUCACACUAUGCUUAAGCUAUGUAAUUUUUCAUAGUUUUGAUUCUCAGAAAAAAGAGACAUAUUGUAAAUAAAUGAGAAUCACCAAAUGAAGUCUAAUAAAAUCACAUGUCUUCUUUUGAAA